AUGGCAGCACACGACUUCAAUUUUUUGCUUGCGACGGAUUCGUAUAAGAUAACACACUACAAACAGUAUCCUCCCAACAUCAGCAAAAUCUACUCCUACUUUGAAUGUCGUCGCAAGAAAGGCUCCCAGUUCAGCGAAGUGGUGUUUUUUGGCCUCCAGUAUUUGUUGAAGAAGUAUCUGACAGGACAAGUGAUUACAGAGGAGAAGAUUCAAGAAGCAAAGCUAUUCUACCAGUUACACUUCAAACAGGCUGUAUUUGAUGAAGAGGGCUGGAGAAAGGUUCUUGAGAAACACGAUGGCCGUCUUCCUAUUCGUAUAAAAGCUGUGCCUGAGGGCAAGAUCAUACCCAGAGGCAAUGUACUCUUCACUGUGGAAAAUACAGACCCUAGCUUCUACUGGCUAACUAACUACAUUGAGACCAUGCUGGUCCAGAUGUGGUAUCCCAUUACUGUGGCGACCAUAUCCAGAGAGUUUAAGAAGAUCCUAGCGAAACACCUAAAGGCCACUUCAGGAAGCCUUGAGGGUCUUGAACUGAAAUUGCACGACUUUGGCUACAGAGGAGUCUCUUCACAAGAGUCUGCAGCUCUAGGUGGAGCAGCUCAUCUGGUGAAUUUCUGCAGUAGUGACACAGUAGCAGGUCUUCUAAUGGCUCAGCGAUAUUAUGCAUGCCAAAUGGCUGGCUUCUCCAUUCCCGCUGCUGAGCACAGUACGAUCAUCUCCUGGGGGAAAAGUAGAGAGAAGGAUGCAUUUGAGCGAGUGUUGGAUGAGUUCUCUUCUGGGCCCGUAUCCGUAGUCAGUGACAGCUAUGACAUCUUCAAUGCGUGCAAACAUAUCUGGGGAGACAAACUGAAGGAGCGAGUCAUGGAACGUGGCCAGGACUCCUUUCUUGUUAUUCGGCCGGACUCCGGAGACCCAGCUGAAACUCUUAUUGAGGUCAUCAAGAUUUUGGAGGAUUGUUUUGGUUGUUCUCUGAACUCUAUGGGAUACAAAGUGCUGCCUUCAUACCUACGAAUAAUUCAAGGGGAUGGAAUUGACCUCAGAUCAGUAGAUGAGAUUCUUCACAAACUGACUGAUGAAGGCUGGAGUGCAGAGAACGUUUUCUUUGGUUGUGGCAGUUCUUUGCUCCAGAAGCUCAACAGAGAUACUCUCUCUUGUGCCUUCAAGUGCAGCUAUGUGGAGACGAAUGGCAAGGGGAUGGACGUCUACAAGCUGCCAGUGACGGACCCAUCUAAGGGGUCAAAGAGAGGUCGUCUAUCACUGAGAAGGAAUUCUGAUGGGCUCUUGGAGACUGUAGAAAGGGGGGCCGGCAAACCAGAGGAGGAUCUGUUAGUGACUGUGUUUGAGAAUGGAUGCCUUCUGCAGAAUUACUCCCUGGAGGAAAUCCGGAAGAAUGCCAGAUUAUGGGAUGAAGAAGUGACUCCUACCACACACAACCACAAAGAGGAGCUGCUGCACAAGCACAUCAUCAAUGGCAUCCAUUAG